CUCUCCCUUCUGUGGCCUCUGCUCUGCCCCAGGAGGACAGCCUGGAGGAGGAGGGAAUGGCUCCUGCCCACACAGCCAGGCCCGGGAAGUUGUUUGUGAGAACUGAACACGUACCUGGUGACUGCAGUACCACAGGGAGGAAGAACGUUUUGGGAGCAGAAUGGCUGGAGACCUGGACUGUGGUUUAAGGAAUCAGUGACACUCAAAGAUGUGGCUGUGGAAUUCAGCAAGGAAGAGUGGGUACAAUUGAACCCAUCUCAGAAAAAAUUGUACAGGGAUGUGGUGCUGGAGAACUAUAGGAACCUGCUGUCUUUGGUGAACAGGAUUUGCAGUUUCCAAACCAGAUAUGAUCUACCAGAUGGAAAGAAAGGAAUCAUCUUGGAUGCCAGAGGCAGAUAUUCAAAGAAGCAGCUUUCCAGAGAGCAGAGAAUUUACUGGAGAUAAACCUCCUGAAUGUAAUGAACGUGGGAAGGCCUUCAGGAGUAACUCACAACUUACAGUGCAUCACAGAAUUCGUAUUGGAGAUAUUUUUACGAAUGUAAGGAGUGUGAGAAAGCUUUUCUCUACAACUCAGAAUUUGUUCAUCAUAAAAGAAUUCAUAAAAGACAGAAACCUUAUGAAUGUAGUGAAAUGUGGACAGGCCUUCAGAAGUAAGGGAUAUCACACUGAGUAUCAGAAAAUUCAUGCUGGAGACUUUCUUUAUGAAUGUAAGGAGUGUGGGAAGGGUUUCCUCAACAACUCAGGUCUUACUCAACAUCAAAAAAUUCAUAGUGAAGAGAAACCUUAUGAAUGUUGUGAAUGUAUGGAGGCCUUCAGAAGUAAGACACUACUUUCUGUGCACCAGAGGAUUCAUACUGGAGAGAUGCUUUAUAAAUGUAAGGUGUGUGGGGAAGCUUUUCUUUACAACUCAGAACUUAUUCGCCAUCAAAGAGUUCACACUGGAGAGGAACCUUAUGAAUGUUGUGAAUGUGGGAAGGCCUUCAGGAUUAAGACACAACUUACUCUGCAUCAGAAAAUUCAUAUUGGAGAUAUUCUUUUUGAAUGGAAGGAGUGUGGGAAGGAUUUCCCAUAUAACUCAGGACUUAUUUGACACCAAACAAUUCGCACUGUAGAGAAAUCUUAUCAGUGUACUGUAUGUGGCAAGAACUUCAUGAGUAAGUCACAGCUUACUGUGUAUCAGAGAAUUCAUACUGGAGAGAAAACUUAGGAAUGUAGUCAAUGUCAGAAGGCUUUCAGGACAAAGACACAUAUUACUGUAUGUUAGAAAAUUCACAUCGGAGACAUUCUUUAUAAGUGUAAGGAGUGUGGAAAGGCCAUCCCCUACAGCUCAUAUCUUACUUGACAUCAAAGUGUUCAUAUUGGAAAGAGACCUUAUAAAUGUAAUAAAUGUGGGAAGAUCUUGA